AUCGAUAUGGAUUACCAAAAAAAAAAAAACAAUAGAAGGAAUUAUCCUCAUAUAUCCCAACGGAAGAAAAGGGUGCUCACCUUUUAGUGGAAGCGCUUCUUCCGACAGAGCACUUCCCAUGGCCCUCUCCUCCUCCAGCUCUCGCCUCCCUUCCGCCAUGGAAAGAACUGGCCAAUGGAUUCUAUCUCAAGAUAUCCAGACCGAUAUCAUCAUCGAUAUCGGUGAUGUUAGCUUCCCUCUUCACAAGUUCAUACUUGUGGCUAAGAGUGGGUACAUAAGAAGAAAGAUCAUGGAUUCAGACGACGGUCGGAUCAAUCUCUCGGAGGUGCCUGGGGGUGUGGAGGCAUUCGAGAAGGCGGCCAAGUUCUGUUACGGUGUGAACUUUGAGAUCUCGGUGCACAACGUGGUGGUGCUCCGUUGCGCUGCCGAGUACUUGGAGAUGACCGAGAGGUACUGCGAAGGGAACCUCGCUGGACGGACGGAGGAAUUCUUGGCUCAGGCCGCGCUCAAGACGCUUCCUGGCGCUGUGAUCCUGCUGCAAUCUUGCGAGGAUCUGCUCCCCAUGGCUGAGGAGCUCCAGAUCGUGAAGCGAUGCGUCGAUACCAUCAGCUCGAAGGCUUGCAACGAGGCGAACUUUCCGACGAGGAUCCCGCCGGAGUGGUGGGCGGCGGAGCUCGCCGCCCUCAGCCCCGCCUCCCUCCAAAAGAUCCUCUCCGCCAUGCGAUUCCGCGCCGCCUCCCCCAAAUCCCUCGCCACCGUCGUCGCCGCCUACGCCGAGCGCAACCUCCCCGAUCUCCUCCCCCUCGCCGGCGCCGCCCGCCCCGGCACCCUAUCCGACACCGCUGCCGCCGCCGACCUCCGCAGCCCCCAGCGCGCCCUCCUUGAGUCCCUCGCCGCCCUCCUCCCCGGCGUCGUCCCCGACGACGCCCUCCCCAUCGGCUUCGUCUGUUGCCUCCUCCGCGCUGCCAUCUUCCUCACGGCCUCCGCCGCCUGCCGGCGGGAGCUCGAGCGCCGGAUCUCCGUCGCCCUCGACCAGGUUACCGUCGCCAACCUCCUCGUCGUCGCGCUGGACUACGCCGGCAAGCGGAUCGUCGAUCUUGACAGCGUUCGCCGGAUCGUGGGAGGGUUCGUGGAAAGGGAGAUGGGCGGCGGCGGCGGCGGAGGCAACUAUGGAGUCGGCGCCGUCUGGUGCUCCGCCGCGAUCCAGAGGGUCGCCCGCAUCGUGGACGCGUUCGUUGGCGAGAUCGCCACCGACAAGGACCUCACCGUGCACAAGUUCGCCAGCAUCGCCGGCGCGCUCCCCAAGUCCGCCCGGAGGUUCGACGACGAUCUCUACCGCGCCGUCGACAUCUACCUUAAGGCUCACCCGGGACUGCACGAGAUCGAAAGAGAGAAGCUCUGCAGCGUGAUGGACCCGCUCAAACUCACCUACGAUGCCCGACUCCACGCCUCUCAGAACAACCGCCUCCCCUUACAGAUAGUCCUCCAGGCGCUCUACUACGACCAGCUCAAGCUCCGGAGCGGGGCGGAGCCGGAGAACGCGGUGACACCGCCGAACUCGGCCGCGGCCGCCCGGGCCGGCGCGAUGGCGGAUGCGUCGCUGAUGCGGGAGAACGAGGCACUGCGGUCGGAGCUCACCCGGAUGAAGCUAUGCCUGUCCGAGCUACAGCGGUCUCAGGGCACUAGUGGGCUAAAAGCUGGGCCCAAAAGGCCCACAUUUUUCUCCUCGUUUUCGAAGACCCUGGAGAAGCUUAACCCGUUCAGGCAUGGGUCCAAGGACACUGCUAGCAUUGAUGAUGGGGUGGGGGUGGAUUUGACCAAGCCUAGGAGAAGAAGGUUCUCUAUAGGUUGAUUUGGGUGAUGAGGUGCGGGACGAUUUGACCAAGCCUAGGAGAAGAAGGUUCUCUAUUUGUUGAUUUGGGUGGUUAGGUGUUAGAGACGCGGCUUUUACGUUGGUUUGCAUAAUGGAUUUGGUAUUUCUUUCUCUAUGUAUAUAUGUGUGUGUGUGUUUGUAUCCUUGUAUGUAUGUAGUUGACCGAAUUCCUAAGCUUGUAAUCUACUAAGAAGUUUGCAUCAAUGCGUUGAAAAAGUACGGCCAUUUUCUGUAUGAUGAUUACAUAAUGUUUUUUUUUUAAAAUUA